UGAAGCAUAAUCUCUACUUAAAAUAUCAAAGGGACAUAUUCAUGCCUCUUGUAAGACCCUAUGAUUUUAUUAGACGGUUAUAAGUUUACUACUCAUUUUGAUGUUCUCAUUAACACAGGAGAGAGACAUGACUAUGGUGGAUCCUCUGGGGAGCUUCAACAACAUCCUGAUGCUGACGAGGCAGAGAAGAGUCUCUCCAGAUCAGAACACCAGAUGGACAACGCUAGCCCUUCCACCCUCCCGGAGUCCCCGUGUCAUGCCUCUCCUGUUAGCACCUUACUGCUGGGUAUGAAGAGGUUGUCUGUGCUGCUGGUGGACUGCAGGAAAACAAUGGGGCUGAGUGGAACUGUGGGAGGAGGAGAAGAGAGGAAAGGAUCAGAUUUGACUCAAAGAGAAAGACCAGACUCAGAGAAACCAGAGCCAGGGACAUCCAAACCAGCAAGACGACACCAGUUCUCCCACUGUGGAAAGAGUUGUAACCAGAAAGCACACCUGAAACAACACGAGAGGAUACACACAGGGGAGAAGCCUUACCACUGCUCCCAGUGUGGAAAGGGUUUCAACCAGUCAGGGGUGCUGAAACGGCACGAGAGAAUACACACAGGAGAGAAGCCUUACCACUGCUCCCAGUGUGGAAAGUGUUUCAACCAGUCAGGGAUGCUGAAACGGCACGAGAGAAUACACACAGGAGAGAAGCCUUACCACUGCUCCCAGUGUGGAAAGUGUUUCAACCGGAAAGCAUUCCUGAACCAACACGAGAGAAUACACACAGGGGAGAAGCCGUACCACUGCUCCCAGUGUGGAAAGCGUUUCAACCAUUCAGGGAAGCUGAAACAACAUGAGAGAAUACACACAGGAGAGAAGCCUUACCACUGCUCCCAAUGUGGAAAGUGUUUCGUCUGUUUGGGGGACCUGAAACUACAUGAGAGAAUACACACAGGAGAGAAGCCUUACCACUGCUCCCAGUGUGUAAAGAGUUUCAAGCAUUCAGGGACGCUGAAACAGCACGAGAGAAAACACACAGGAGAGAAGCCUUACCACUGCUCCCAAUGUGGGAAGUGUUUCGUCCGUUCGGGGGAGCUGAAACUACAUGAGAGAAUACACACAGGAGAGAAGCCUUACCACUGCUCCGAAUGUGGAAAGUGUUUCGUCCGUUCGUGGGCGCUGAAACGGCAUGAGAGAAUACACGCAGGAUAGAAGCCUUACCACUCCUCCCAGUGUGGAAAGUGUUUCAGCCGAUCGGGGAAUCUGAAACAACAUGAGAGAAUACACACACAAAAAUACACUCAGACUGUGGGAAAACAUAUUACUCAUAAGUCACUUAAAACUACUUGGCACCACACGUCCCGCUAGGGCACCUCCCCCCACUGCUCAACUGACACAGUAGCACACAGAACGCAAAAAAUAUUCUUAGAAAUAUUUAAC